AUGCCGGCUCCUCUCUCCCUGUUCUCCGUCAAUGCGGUCCUUAUUAUGGCCACCGACGACUGCUCCCGGAUAUUCGCAAAGUACUACUCCGCGCCUCACCCACCAGCUGGCGUAGCUGCAGAAUCGACAGACUACCCUGGUGUAAACCCCUACCCGACAGUCAAAGACCAGAAGUCGUUCGAGAAGGGUCUGUUGGAGAAGACAAACAAGCAGUCGAGCGAUAUAAUACUUUACGAUAACCGCGUGGUCGUCUUCAAGUUCGAAGGCGACGUCAUGCUCUACGUCGUUGGAAGCGCAGAGGAGAACGAAGUCCUGCUCUAUAACGUGGUCGUCACCCUCAGAGACUCUCUCAGUAUACUGCUGGGGGGAUCAACUGAUAAACGCACCAUCGUUGAGAACUACGACCUUGUCUCUCUUGCAAUUGACGAGAUUAUCGAUGACGGCAUCGUGCUGGAGACGGACCCUGUUCAGGUUGCCUCUCGUGUCAGCAAGGCUCCUGCGCAAGAUGCUCCAAAUAUGAAGAACAUAGAUCUGUCUGAGCAGGGGCUGCUAAAUGCAUGGGAGUUUGGAAAGAGAAGGCUGGCAGAACAGCUACGACAAGGCCUAUAA